AUGGGGGACGGCGCCAUGUGCGAGCUCUUGGUCGACGACCACAGCGAGCUCCGGCACGUGUCGGGCGCCGAGGACCUGUUCAGCAUCCUCGAGACGUGGGAGGAGUGCAUGAACGGCGGCGGCGGAGGUGGCGGCGGUUCUGCGGCGGCCAUGCCAGCGUAUAGCCAGAGCUCCACCGGUGGUUCUGAGUCUGCUGGCGCCGUGGCGGGGGCUAGGCCGACGGCGAACGGCCGGCGGCGCGCGGGCGACGAGGAGAAAGGCGUCGGCCGUGGCGCUCCGGCGCAGAAGAAGCAGAAGGGUUCGUCAACCGCGGCGGCGGCACAGGAUGCGGCCGCCGAUGAGGGGGCGGUGAAGAUGUCGCACAUCGCGGUGGAGCGCAACCGGAGGAAGCAGAUGAACGAGCACCUCGCCGUGCUGCGCUCGCUCAUGCCAUGCUUCUACAUAAAGAGGGGAGACCAAGCGUCCAUCAUAGGAGGGGUGGUGGACUACAUCAAGGAGCUGCAGCAGGUGCUGCGCUCGCUGGAGGCCAAGAAGCACCGCAAGGCGUACGCGGAGCAGGUGCUCAGCCCGCGGCCCGCCGUGUCGGCGGCCAGCCCGCGGCCGCUCCUCAAGUCGACGCCGCCGCUCAGCCCGCGCGUGGCGGUGCCGAUAAGCCCCCGGACGCCGACACCCGGCAGCCCGUACAAGCCGUCCGGCGGCGGCGGCGGGGCUGGAAGCAGCAGGCUCUCGCACCCCGCCGCGGCGGCCUACAUGAUACCGUCGCCGGCCAUGACGCCGACGACGUCGUCCUCGUCGUCGUCCUACGCGCACGAUCAUCAUCAGCAGCACUACCCGACGACGCAGCCGUACCUGCCGACCCUGGACAGCCUCGUGACCGAGCUCGCCGCGCAGGCCGCCGGCGGCAGGCCCGCGGCGGCCGGGCUCGCGCUCCCCGACGUGAGGGUGGAGUUCGCCGGGCCCAACCUGGUGCUGAAGACGGUGUCGCACCGCGCGCCGGGGCAGGCGCUCAAGAUCAUCGCCGCACUCGAGAGCCUCUCGCUCGAGAUCCUCCACGUCAGCGUCAGCACCCUCGACGACACCAUGGUGCACUCCUUCACCAUCAAGAUUGGGAUCGAGUGCGAGCUUAGCGCGGAGGAGCUUGUGCACGAGAUUCAGCAAACGUUCUUGUGA